CUCCUUCUCAGGCUCAGGUUGGCCACCCCUGCCCUAUAUAAAUACAACAUGUGAGAGUAAAUGCAACACUGAUUCUAGAAACAUGAAUUCCAUUGUGAAACUAAUUUACAGUGAUGCUAAGGAUACUCUUUCCAGUUAGUUUCAUUUCCCCUGGUUACUGCCUGAGAAUGUGGAUGGAGUGAGUGACAAAAGUGUAAAAGAAAGAAAAUGUAUUGCAUUGCAAACUCAAUUCACAGUGCUGCUACCAGUGGUAAGCUUUUGAGUUACUUUCAUUUCUCCUGUUUUCUGUCAUGUAUUGUGGGUGGAGCUGGUGACAAGCUGAAGAACAAAGACAUUCUGUAUUAGAUAGUUUCCUCUUGAACCGAGCUCAACACAGGAGCAGUUUGGGACUGAUUGCUACCCAGUCUAGCUCAGCUGCCUCAGGGCCAGGACUGAAGGCCGGCAAAGUGUUGAUUUAAGAGUGCGGCUGCUGAUUGGGCGGCUGGGCUGAUUGACCCACAGUCUAAAGCAGUUUUUCCAGGAUCACUCCCAACACAGUCAAAAGAAGCUUUAACAAGACUGCAACCAACAGAGUCAAAAGGAGCUACUGCAGUGCCACACCCUUGCAUGCAGAGUGCACCUCCAGAGUGGAAUGAGAUGAUUCAGAGACAGAUAGCAGCAGCCCAGUGUGCGGAGUCUGAGAAAUAUCAAGAAGAGAUGAAACAGCAAGGGGGAAUCUCUGAUCUCGAAGAGCAACAGAAUGAGAACACAGAACACACCUUGUACAACUACUAUGAGGAGAAAAUCCGUCCCUGUAUUGAUCUCAUUGACUCCCUGAGAGCGCUCGGAGUAGAAAAGGACCUGGCUUUGCCAGCAAUUGCAGUGAUUGGAGACCAGAGUUCUGGAAAAAGCUCGGUUCUAGAAGCCCUGUCCGGAGUCGCUCUUCCUAGAGGCAGUGGUAUUGUUACCAGAUGUCCCUUAGCACUCAAACUGAAAAAACUGGCUCCUCAGCAGGAAUGGAAAGGGAAAAUUAGUUACCGGGAUAUAGAUGAAGAACUCCACGAUCCCUCAGUGGUGGAUAAUGAAAUAAGAAAAGCCCAGGAUGCAAUGGCUGGUGAAGGAGUGGGCAUUAGCCAGGAAUUAAUUUCCCUAGAAAUUAACUCCCCGAAUGUUCCAGAUCUGACGCUGAUUGAUCUUCCAGGGAUUGCUAGGGUGGCUGUGGGGAAUCAGCCACAAGACAUUGGAGAACAGAUCAAAAAAUUAAUUAAAAAAUUUAUUGCUAAGCAAGAGACUAUAAAUUUGGUAGUGGUGCCAAGUAAUGUGGAUAUCGCAACAACAGAGGCACUGAAAAUGGCUCAAGAGGUAGACCCUGAUGGAGAGAGAACGCUAGGGAUCCUAACAAAACCAGAUUUGGUGGACAGAGGAACUGAGUCGUCGGUUGUUGAUAUCGUACAAAACCUUGUCAUCCACCUAAGGAAGGGUUAUAUGAUUGUUAAAUGUCGUGGGCAGCAAGAUAUUCAUGACAAGCUCACCCUGGCCUCUGCAAUCCAGAAGGAGAGAGCAUUCUUUGAGCAGCAUGAACACUUCAGAGUUCUUCUGGAUGAAAACAAGGCUACUAUCCCCAUUUUGGCAGAGAAACUUACAACUGAGCUUGUGGAACACAUUAAUAAAUCUUUGCCCGCUUUAGAAGAGCAAAUAAACAUUCAACUCCAAAAAGCAACUGAAGAGUUACGCAAAUAUGGCAAAGGCACACCAAAAGCAGAAGGCGAGAAGUUGUUUUUCCUAAUAGAUUGCUGUUGUUUUAAUGUUAUAGUUAGAAAAACUAUACAACAUGAAGUAUGGAGAUUUGAAGAACAGUAUCGUGGAAGAGAGCUCCCAGGGUUUGUCAGUUACAAAGCAUUUGAGACCAUUGUAAGACAGCAAAUCAUGGCACUAGAAGAACCAGCUAUUGAGAUACUGAAGAAAGUAAUUGAACUUGUCCGAAAAUCUUUUACAGAAGUUGCCAAAGAUCAUUUUGAGGAUUUUCACAAUCUUAACAGAGCUGCUAAGGACAAAAUUGAAGACAUUAAAGACAAACAAGCAGAGGAAGCUGAAACAAUGAUCCGAGUCCAGUUUAAAAUGGAGCAGCUUGUAUACUGCCAGGACAAUGUUUACAGCCAAGACUUAAAAGUUAUCAGGGAAGAAACACCAAAGGAAGCAGCCAACGGUCUGAACCCGGCCUCCUUGAGUUUCAAUUUUGGAACUGUUCCAACCCAGAACCACUCUGCCAUUAUGGAAAUGGGUUAUCACCUGGCGGCAUACUUCAAUAGUGCAGGUAAACGUCUCUCCAGCCAAAUUCCUCUGAUCAUCCAAUUCUACAUCCUUCAGGACUUUGGAGAUAAAUUACAGAAUUCAAUGCUGCAACUUUUACAAGAAAGAGAAAAAUUGAGCUUCUUUCUUCAGGAACAGAAAGAUGCUGCCGAUCAGAGACAUUUUCUGAGUGGACGAAUUCAUCGUCUCACACAAGCUCGCCUUCGCUUAGUAAAAUCUGUGCUGUAGCCUCUCUGCUUUAAAUGGUCUGUUUCAAAUGUCAGUUCUUGGUACUGAAAAGAUCUAUAAUCAGAGCUUUGUAUAACCCUUUAGAAAUUGUGCAUCUGUCUACAUUGGCCUUAAAAACUGAAUUAACUAAGAGUUUAGCUAAAUCACGUAAUUGCUUUAACCGCAUCAGUUAUGUGUGUCUCACAUGUUCACCUGUGAACCAUUUUAUUUUGUUUUAGUUUCCUAUGCUUCCUUGUAAUUAUGUUGCUACUGGGAAACAUUCUGAAUGUGUUCAUUUUAACAAGUGAGGACAUGAGCUCUCUGGUACAGACCAUACAAUCUUCAGUAAGCAAAUGAAUUAAACCAUAUUGCAUGAGAGACUGAAUCAAAAGUGUAAGUAUAUUUUGAAUGUGCGCUUUCCUUCUUACAUUUUUUGUUGUGUUCUUCCACAUGCUUUAUUUCAGCCCUGGAAAUGAGUUAGUCUAUUUUAACAUUUUGAAAUUAUGGUACAUAUUAAAAAAAAAAAAGGUAAAUGUCACUUUGCAAGUGUAGUGUAGGAUAUAAAGUUGUUAGAUGCUGGACUGAGAUCCUCUGUAUGUCACCUGAUGUCCUGGCCCAAUCACUGGCAAAGAACCUAAUCAUAAUGUGGCUCAACAAAUCAUGAGUUGAGACCAAGUUGUUUCUGUGAGUGUGUACUGUAAUUAUGCUUCUAUGAAACUCUAUUAAAACUUUUUAUACUGUUCUGGUAAAGCAACUGAGGUUGAUCCCAUCAGAGGGUUCAAUGGCCUACCCAAAGGAGUGGUAGAGAAGCAUAUGUAGCUCAUGUUGACCUGUUUGUUAGACACGAUGGAAGAGCUGAGGGGCAAAUGGGCAUAGAUUGAGCUUUCUUUAGUAUAUACCACAGCUGUGUGGUGUGGAAGCUUUCUUGGCCCUACUCAACUCCAGAAACUGAAGUCUCUAUUUAUAAAAAGAGGUACAUUACUCUGCUGCUAUUCCAUCAACAGUAAUGUGAGCUUAUGGUCUUAAAAGAAAAAAACCCCUGAAAGAAACACUUUUGGACACAAGUUUUCUUUGAUUAAACUUCGUUAUCCUUCAUAUGCAUUCAGUAGUGAACUUGGUGAAUACUUUUCUUUCAAGUAUCAUCAGAACACAGCACAUGCCUGUUACAACUAAAGAUAAGUCCAGUACUGACUCAAAUCCAACCUUUUAUCCGUCAAAAUAGCAAAAUAGAUACUUCCCCUCAGCCCUUACUGCCUUUAAGAUGAGCUUCCUUGCCACUUGUAAGUCCACUAAGUAUCACUAAAAUUGUCCUUCCCACUGAAGUUAUUUAGCAGUGGGGGGUAGUCAGCACUUCUGAAAGUCAAGCCAAGUAACCUGUUUAAAGAACUACCAGGAAGCUUGCUGAAAGGUUGGAGAAAAAACCAGCUCCCUUAGGUGCCCCAUCUUGUGCUUAAAUCAGAAGAGUAUCCUUCAUCUCUGAGGCUCUCAAGGUGCUUUAUAGACUUUCAGUCAAAAUCAAAAGAUUGAGAGAGGUAGAAAUGCUGUAAUAAAUUACUGCAAGGAGAAAUGAUUUGUAAAAGAUUUAUUAGUUGUACCACUUAUGUGCAAGACAACUGCAUUUGUUUUCUUAAGAAAAUUUUGCCUUGUUUUGGUAUAGAUUGCUAUUUUAAAAAAAGUCAUUCCCCUGAAGAGAUUUGUCAUUCCUAUAGAAAGUGACUCGUUAUGGCUUUUGUGUCCCCCUGAACAUUCUAGCCUUUACAACCAUUUUUAAAAUAUUAUUUAAGUGGCACUCUGAUAUAUAACAGAUUAUGGUUCCAAAACUGAAGUGGAAAUUUCUCCAACUCAAGCUUUGGGAAUUAAGGUACCAUUCAGUAACAGCAAACUUGGUCAUUUCACUCCAUUAGAAUUGGAGAGCACAUAAAGCAGAAGGGAUGUACUGAGUCUCAUUACUUAUGGUCAAUUUGUCAGCACCAUACCAGUGUCUUUUUGUACACAUCUAGAACUACAGCAUUUUAUUUUUCCUCUCUUAGAACAUUAAAAUCAUGAGACUUAUGUGAAUGGUUAGUGACUUUGUGUUUUGUUUUGUU